CCCAGGGGGCGGGGCGGGGCGUUGCUGUGAUGGGCGUGGCCCAUGGGUACCGGUGGGUUUAGUGUCAAGCUGAUUAACACCCGGAGACUUGUGUGCGGCUGGGGGACGAAGAGCCUUGGCGGGGCUCAGGCAACGUGUUAAUCUCACCGCCCUCUGCGAACCCCCAACCAGCAGGGAGGUCCCAGAAGUGUGACUGGGGGGCACCUCCCUGCCAGCGGCUGGCCCUGUCCAGCUCCUCUGGUUAUGUGGCCUCUGUGAGACCCUGACAGCUCCCAGCCCCUACCUCCCUGGCCAGAGGGCACAGUUGCUCCUGGGAUGCCCCACCCCCCAUCCCAGCAAGGAUGCAGGGCAGGAGAUGGAGGCUCUGAGGCUCUGCUGCCAUUCUUGGUUCAGGCAGCAUGACUGGCGUGUUAGGAGGACAAAGCCGGCCCUGAGCCCUGCAGGGCCACCCCCUGCCCUCUGCGGGUCUCCUGGGCCCUGCAUGUCCCACAAGGUGUGUGACUGCCCUGCUGACAGUGUUCCACAGUCUCUGGACCCUGCCCAGGGCAUCCUGAGCUCGAAGCAGCAGUUCUGUACACAGGAGUUCCCGGGGAAGAAUACCACCAGCUUCCCUGGAAGAAGUUACCUGAACGUCCCAAUGGGUGGCCUCGGGGUCAGGGAUGUGCCUGGCAUAACGUCCGCUGCGGUUUAGGAUGUGGGCUCCGGCCCUGGCCAGCUGAUGAAGUGACUUGACCCACUUGUGCCUCAGUGUCCCUGUCUGGGGAAGGGGCCCACCAGUAGUGCUAGAAACAGAGCUUGGCAGGGGUGAGAGGCCAGUGAGCCCGAGAGCCCAUGAGCCUGUUAUGCUCGGGCCCUGGGUGGGCGCGGCAGGCGUGGUUGCAGCACCAUCCUCCUGUUCCAGCAGCCCAGUGGCCCUUGGGCAUCCCUCGAGACGGAGGAUGCACCCUCUGUCCACACACCUAGGAGGGCUCAGAAGGGACAGUGCGCGGGAAAUGGUACACAGGGCCCGGCACGCGUCAGGCCCACGGUAAAUGCCCGCUGCUUGGUCACCAGGCCUCUGCUGUGUGCCAGGCACUGCUGGGGCCCUCACUGGCACCAAGACCACUGAGCCGCGUCCAGCAUCUUGUAGGUGAGGAAGGGUCAGCCCAGGAGCAAGCCGCAGGGAGGACUGUGGCAGGAAGAAAAGCCCCACAGGGGUGGUAUGGAUGGGAACAUGGGGGCGGGCUGCAGCAGCCAGGUGGGCUUCGGGACGUGACUGUCCACCCCAACUGCCCUCACAGAGCACUGCAGGCCGGGGCAGCAGAUGUUGCCUCCUCACAGCUCUGGAGCCCACAUGGCCAGGGUCAGGGUCUGGGUGCUGGGCACUGGUGAGGGUCCUCUUCCUGGCUGGCAGACGGUGCUUUCCUGCUGUGUCCUCAUGUAGCAGAGACAAAGGAAGAAGGGGGAGCUUGAGAAUGCUGGCGGCUUCUCUUGAGGCUACUAGUCAUUAUGGGGGGCUCCACCCUUAUGACCUCGUGUAAACCUCAGGACCUGCUAACACUAUCCCACAAGGAGUUAGGGCUUUAAUGAUGAUGUUCCAGCAAUGAGUAGAACUGGAGAGAAGUGAGCCUGGAGCUAAGAUGGAAGAACAGCAUCCGGGCAGCGGGAACAGCCUGUGCAAAGGCCUGGAGGCAGGGGCCAGCCCGGUGGGUAGAGGGGCAGGGGAGGCCUGGAGCUGAUGGAGCAAGGAGAGGGCCUUGGCUGAAGGUGGGAGGCCUCUCAGGCCCUUGUGUGCGGCCCCUUUCCAGUGGGGUGGAAUCCUCAGGACCCAGCAAAGGAGCAAGGCGUGGGCCAGCCCUUACAACUCCCAUCCUCGGUCCCUGCAUGGAGAGGAGACUUAGGGACAUGGCUGGGGCAGCAGGCAGUGAGGGGCAGGUGAUCUGGCUGCAGGGAGGCGAGGAGGGGCGGGAUUCUGGUUCUGCAGUGAGGCAAGGACUGCCUGAUCUCAGACCAGAGGUGGGCAUGAAGGAACGUUGAGGGGAACAGCUGAAAAUCGGGGUUGCUGAGGUCUGAGCCAAGCCAGGUGGUGCUCUGAGGGAUCAGGCAGGCGCAGGGUGAGCGAGAGGCUCGGUGGGCUGGCGUUGGCCAUGGCACAUAAACGUCUGGAGCUGAGCGAGGACAGAAAUGAGGACGCCAGCAUGACGGUCAGUGCCAGCUGGCCAUGGGCCGGCGCUGGGAGAAGUUUCUGAAUGUUGCCUCGUAGCUGGGAGAGACAGGAAGCCAAGCCAGUGGGCUGGGCCUGAGGGCGCCUUGUCCGGGCAGCUCAGCCAAGGGCGUGGAGCUCAGACUCAACACCUCACCCGGCUCUGCAGACAGAGGGGGCAUUGAGCUGGGUGCAGCGGGCCUUCUGCCCGCCGUCCGUGCCUGGCCAUGAGGGUGCCCGUCCCGGAGCCAGACGCAGGCUGUAUCUCAGAAGGGCAUUUCAGCCACUGCCGCAGCCUGGGCCCAUCCAUGCAGUGUCCUGGUGGAGGGCCAGGCCUGGGAGAAGCAUGCGGUGGGGAAACUGAGUCAGGCCCCCACGGCAGUGGGGGGUGGCAGAGGGAGAGCCAGGCCCUCAGGCAUGCAUGCUGGGAGACGGAGUGGGGCUCUUGCUGGGUGUGGGGCCAGACCCAAGAGGACACAGAGGCUGAGCAUGGAGCCCUGGGACCUGCUGAGACUCCCCCUGGAGAGGGAGCAGAAUGGAGACAGCCAGCACUCAGGGGACUGGCGGGGGCCCAGCAGGGACUCGCUCCCCUUCCCUGUGAGGAGCAGGAAGUACCAGGAAGGUGCUGAGGCUGAGAGGAGGCCACGGGAGGGUAGCCACUCCCCACUGGACAGCGCCGACGUACGGGUGCAGGUGCCGCGCACGAGCAUCCCGAGGGCCCCGUCCUCUGACGAGGAGUGCUUCUUUGACCUGCUGACCAAGUUCCAGAGCAGCCGCAUGGAUGACCAGCGCUGUCCCCUGGAAGACGGCCAGGCUGGGGCUGCCGAGGCCACAGCUGCCCCCACCCUGGAGGACAGGAUCGCUCAGACCUCGAUGACUGCCUCGCCCCAGACUGAGGAAUUCUUCGACCUCAUCGCUAGCUCCCAGAGCCGCAGGCUGGAUGACCAGCGGGCCAGUGUGGGCAGCCUGCCGGGACUGCGAAUCACCCACAGCAAUGCGGGGCACCUCCGAGGGCACGGGGAGCCGCAGGAGCCGGAGGAUGACUUCUUCAACAUGCUCAUCAAGUACCAGUCCUCCAGGAUCGAUGACCAGCGCUGCCCACCGCCCGACGUGCUGCCUCGGGGCCCCACCAUGCCUGACGAGGACUUCUUCAGCCUCAUCCAGAGGGUGCAGGCCAAGCGCAUGGACGAGCAGCGAGUGGACCUCGCGGGGGGCCUGGAGCAGGGGGCGGGUGACCUGCCCGAGCCCCAGCAGCAGUGCCAGCCCGGUACCAGCUAAGGCCCUGCACCCACCGCCAGGCCCACCCUGCCCCCACUUCCGGAUGCUGGGCUCACAGUCACAGACACGACCUCCCGAGGCCAUCGCCGAGGACAGGCACUGGGCAUGCAGCCCCACGGCCUCCCUGACCCAGGGUGGCAGGCUCAGGCCAAGCUGCCCAUGGAGGGAGGGCGUGCUUCCAUCUUGGGCUGGGUCCCCAUGGCUCUCAGCUCCCUCCCCUGGCCCCGCCACAUGCCGGACAGGGCCUUUGGCAUAUCGGCCCCAGCCCAGUGCUGUGCAGACUGCCCCACCCUCUUCCCCAAGCCCUUCCCACUCUGCCGUGCCCUGCCAAAUGUGAAACCCUGGUGUCUCCCCAACUCUCCCCAAAGGUGUCUCCGAGCCUUUUCUCAGGGCCACCGUGUUCUGUCCCCCCAGAGCUGGCCCUUGGAUGGCCCUGUGGCAGGCAUGCUCCUCCCUCCAGCUUCGUCCCCAUGCAGGGGUCCCUCCAAGUCUAUCUCCCCACUCCUGCCCCAGCUGGAGGAGGAAGAGGUCAGAGACUACAGAAGGCCCCUCAGACCAGUCAUGGCAGACCAGGCUGCAGCGCCAGCCCUCAGGGUCCCCCCACCUGAGUCCCAGGGCCUCGACGGGGGCUGGGGCUGUCUCUAGAGCAGAGAGAACGGCCGGCCAUGAACGUCGACCUUCGAAAACCCCAAGCCAGAAGAAGGGCAGGGCCUGGCCCUAGGGAUGGUAGCUGGCAGCGGGAACAGUGCCCGGUCAGGGUGGGAGGCAGCACCAGGCUCUGUGACCCUCACCCGAAUCGGGGGUCAGUGGAAACGGGAGGCUUCGUUCAGCUCAACCCUGCAGACCCCCCAGAUGAGAACUCCCUCCUCCCACCAGCUGGGGGAGAUGACAUCACCGCUGUCUCCCCAUCAGGAGGGGCCCACAGGUCACCGAGCGCAAGACCCUGUGACCCGCAGGAACUGCCAGAGCCUGAGAUGGGCCUGAGGUCGCCUGCUCCUGUCCAUACCCAGCCUUGGCACCUCCCGAGUGCCACAGGCCCUGCCAUGGCCCCACACCCCCCGGGGCUGGCAGUUCCAUCCAGGAGGGUGCCUCCAGGCCCCGCUCUCAGGCCGGGGUGGAGAGGAGUCCUGGGCCCAACAAGGUGACCCACUUCUGGAGGGGCAGGGCCACACCCGAGGGCAGGGACAGAUGCCCAAACACAGGGCCUCCCGGACGCGGCAGCGCCCUGCAUACUUGAAUGUACAUGCGUAUUUAUUGCUCACGUGUCUGUGCCACGUUGUCAGUGGGUCCUUUCCAACCCAAAAGGUACAUUUGUUUUUCUGUUUUUUCCUGAGAAAUAAAGUUGGCCAAGUGAG